CGACGCUCGUCACUCCAGUCCUGUGUCCUGCCUGCUCUUGCUCAUUUGGGAAAGGGAGAUAUUCAGGCAUAACAAGUUAUUUUGAGUUAUGUGAAGUAUAAUUAUGGUCCAUGAUUGCAGAAUAUAAACAAAUUGUUUCUAUAAUUUGAAAUCUUUAUUCUUUAUGCAAUUAAUAAACAAUUGCAGAAAUGUCUGUAUUCUUUGUAAAUACAAAUCAAGAUAGUGAGGUGGAAGCCGAUUCCAAUGGAGACCUUCAAAUUGCAUCACCAGGAAAUUCUGAGGCCCAACAAGCAUUGGUUCACUUCUGGCCAAAAGUUAUGGAGGAGAUAAAAAAUAUCACAACCAUGGAUUUGAAGACACAGUCCUUGCCACUGGCAAGGAUAAAGAAAAUCAUGAAGCUAGACGGAGACGUGAAAAUGAUAAGUGCAGAAGCACCUAUGCUCUUUGCUAAAGCCGCAGAGAUUUUUAUACACGAAUUGACUCUUAGAGCAUGGGUACACACAGAGGACAAUAAAAGACGAACCCUUCAACGAAAUGACAUCGCAAUGGCGGUUACAAAAUAUGACCAAUUCGACUUUCUCAUAGAUAUAGUACCUAGGGACGAGAUAAAGCAAAGUAAGGCGCAGAACGAGGCUACCAUGCGCACAUCCAUGAACUCGGAUCAAGUCCAUUAUUAUUUCCACUUGGCACAGCAGCAAGCUUCGGCAAAUCAAACUGUGCAGAACAACAGUACUACGCAACAACAACAACAACUACAGAUUGUUCAGCCUUCUAGCGGACAAAUACAAAUACAAACAAUCAGUAGCCCGGUAGAACAGGAGGCCACCAGCACGAAUAGCACAGCACAGACGGUUACGGUUCAAAGUCCACAGCAAUCCUCCAAUCAACAAAUUAUUCAAUUACAACAAACGCAACAAACGCCCACUACCCAAACUACUGGAGGAAUACAAAUUGUUCAGCAGAUAGUCACUCCUAGCGGCGAAAUUCAGCAGAUACCUAUUCAGUUGACUCCUCAGCAGUUGCAGAUGAUUCGUAUGCAAGUGCAGGGUGGAAGCAAUCAACCAAUAAUAAUACAGACUGCACCGAUUCAAACCAAUUGUGUGUUGUAUCCUACUACAAAUUAAAAGAACUUGUAAAAAAGUAUGUCAAAAAUGUUUCAUUCGUAUAAAAUAAAUUGGAAAUUAAUCCCCAAUUAA